AUUACUGAUUACAGUUAUGAUGAUUUCAUCAUCACAAUCCGUGAAUUUCCUGGUUUUAUCAAAUUUUUAAAUUUUUAAUAAUCUACUCUUUUAGAAUUAUUUAAUCUCGCCACUAAAGAUGUCAGGUUCAGCUUUAAGAAGAUUAAUGGCCGAAUACAAGCAGCUGACGUUAAAUCCACCAGAAGGUAUCAUUGCUGGUCCUAUUAACGAAGAAAACUUUUUUGAGUGGGAAGCUCUUAUCACAGGCCCAGAUGGUACCUGUUUUGAAGGUGGAGUUUUUCCAGCAAAAUUAGUGUUCCCAUCUGACUAUCCUCUGAGCCCUCCAAAAAUGCAAUUUACAUGUGAAAUGUUUCAUCCAAAUAUUUACACAGAUGGAAAAGUUUGCAUAUCAAUUCUGCAUGCUGCUGGAGAUGACCCAAUGGGUUACGAAUCGAGUGCUGAAAGGUGGAGUCCGGUGCAGAGUGUCGAAAAAAUAUUAUUGUCCGUUGUUAGUAUGUUAGCAGAACCGAAUGAUGAGAGUGGUGCAAAUGUAGAUGCAGCAAAAAUGUGGCGUGAAAAUAGAGAAGAAUUUAAUAAAAUAGCCCAACGAAUAGUUAGGAAAACUCUAGGCAUUCCUACGUAAAUUCUUUUCAUUUUAUCUAAGUAUCAGAACAGUCUACUUGAUGGUAGGUAUCCAUUUUUUAUUUCCAAAAAACUUCUCUGGAACAAGAAAAAUGAGCUUUCAAUAUAUACCUCCACAUUGUCCUCUCAGUUAGUGCUGAAGUUUCUUGUAAAAAGCUUCUGUUCAACAACUUCAACGGUAUGUUUCUCCAGAUCUCAUCUAUCUCAGCUGUUUUUAAGGACAUAAACCUAACAUGCAUGUGGAAUCCAUCCCAUUUUCACCAUUACAUGAAAGCUAAAAAAUGUUGGACAUUACGUUUGUUUUCUGACCUUACUAUCUUUUUGUGAAUGAAGAAAAAGUCCAAUGCAUAGGAUGUUAAAGGCUCUUGGUAAAUGUUUGGUCCAAAAAUAAUUUAAGUUUAAAUAAAAAGUGAAAAAUCCAAUUAUUUUCUUGAAUCCUUGAAUUCAGUAAUGCACUACAGAUCAUUUUUUCACAUUUUGGUAGUAAAAAUAUUGAAGUUGCCGCUCCCUAUGUAUGGGUGGUAAAUUUUUCCCUCCGCAGGCCCUUAGGUAGAAUUGGUUUAAAAUUAACAGUGUUCCACAGAAAAUCACUACACCCAUCACCUAAUACAAAA